AACAACACGGACCUCUGAUGGAGCGGCACCAGGAAGCAGGAUGGGAACGCAUACUCGAGUGGAUUGUUGCUGAUAUUUUCUCAGUCUGCAAACCGGGUCAGCCUUAUGGUGUGGAUUAAAAUCUUUGAUAUUUUACUGAUGAAUGAACACGAUGGCUGUUAGAGCAGUUGGCGUCGGAGGAAUGGCAUCCUUGUCUCGGUUUAAAGGUGCACUGGUCGGAGCUGUGUUGGGGGACUGUGUUGGCGGCGAGUUUGAGGGAGCGGAGGAGGUGCCCAUGGAAAACGUCUUGAGGCAUUUGAAUGGUCUGGACGAUGAGACUAAAGGAGAUGGUACCCUUGAGUACAGUGAUGAUACUGCAAUGGCCCGGUGUGUGGUCCAAUCUUUGCUAACCAGGGCUGGUUUUGAUGAACAGGACAUGGCUCGCAGGUUCGCUAAGGAGUACAGUCUGGCUCCAGGUCGGGGCUACGGAUCUGGGGUGAUCCAGGUGUUAAAGAAGCUGUCUUCCUCGCAGCUCAGCGACGUCUACCAGCCCGCCAGGGACCAGUUCAAUGGCCGCGGCUCCUUUGGGAAUGGUGGGGCAAUGAGAGUGGCUCCUUUUGCACUGGCUUUCCCAGACCUCUCCGACGUUAAGAAGUAUAGCCGCUCCGGAGCCAUGCUGACACACUCCUGUUCACUGGGCUAUAAUGGCGCGGUCCUGCAGGCCCUGGCUGUCCACCUGUCCCUGCAGGGGGCGCUAGAGCUGCCCGCUCAGUUCUUGGAUAAGCUCAUCAGCGAGAUGGAGGAAGUGGAGGACGAGGAGGCCUCGCGCAACGACGCCAGGGCGUUGAAGGAGGCGGAGAAGCCUUUUUGCGAGCGUCUUUAUAGACUCAGAGACCUUAUGGACAGGAGCAAGGUCAGCAUAGAGGAGGUCAUAUGUGAACUGGGUAAUGGCAUCGCAGCGCUCCACUCCGUGCCCACCGCCAUCUUCUGCGUGCUCCACUGCCUGCAGCCGCGGGAGAGCCUGCCGCCGCACUACGGGGGCCUGGAGAGGACAAUGGCCUACAGCCUGGCCCUGGGCGGCGACACGGACACCAUAGCCUGCAUGGCGGGCGCCAUCGCCGGGGCCCACUACGGCAUCGAGGUCAUCCCCGAGGCCUGGAUGAAGUGCUGUGAGGGCGCCAAGGAGGCCGAGGUGACGGCGCAGCGACUGCACGCGCUCUACCACCAGCGGGCCCAAGGGGGCGCCAGCGCGCCGGGCAGGGGAGGAGGCCUGGGGGGCGAAGCACCUGCGACCGGGGACGAACCGCUCUGAGGCUCCACCAGAGGAGCGGGGAGCGAGGCCAGCGGACUAGAACAAAGAGACACGACAAGGGGGGCGAGGGAUGGGCGAAGGUCACUUACACAAACGAGUGUUUUUUCUUAUUUUUUUAUAUGCCCAGCUUAACGAUUUCCUCCUGAUUUAGCGUACAUAACCCGGUUGAUAUGAGAAAAUUAUUUAACUGAAUUUAAUAAUUGUUAAACGGUUGCUUCUUGCUUUAAAAGCCUCAUCAACUAUGGUCAUUUGCCAUGUGUGCCAGAAUUUCAUGGCAACCAAAAUGAUCGGUUGGUUCAAUUUGAAAGAAAUUAAGAAUUUGCAAGCCACACGUAUAUCUUAUUUAAAUAGGAAAAGUGUAGGGAUCCGCACAGCUGGCUCUCCCUGGCAAAAUUACAAUUAUCCUUCAGAUAAAUAAUAAUUAUAGUGUGUACAUACACUCCCACUGUUUACAUAGCACACCUUUCCUUACCCUAUUUCCAUCCUCCUUGUGGUUCUGAUGAACAAUAUUUUGGCAUGUCAAAGUUGCACUAUCAAGUAUGAAUCGACCAUGACUUGUUUAAUGGUGAACCUUAACGGUUUUCAGUGUUUCUUUUUAUUGUUACAUUUACUUCAUUUGUGGGGUAUAGUGCGAUUCCACAACUUAAAAUGUCUUUUUCCAACACAGUGUAAUUUAAAUCAGUGUUCUAUACUUGCAAUGUAAUUCGUAACAUCUCAAAUAAACUUUUAUGUAUAUUUCA